AUGGUGUUGUCGCUGUACGAUGCAGAUAAGGAAUUGGUAUCCAAAACAGAAGUGAAGACACGGUCGAUUGUCGAGCUGGGGAGUACGGAUGUUGUGUUUAGCCUUGAUAGUGGAGGGCAAAUUAUUCUCCAGUUGCAGUUCUUGCUUAGUGAUGAAGAUCGCAAGCGCAUCCAAGAAAUGAGGAACUCCGCGAUGAAAAGAAAGCAGCAAGAGCUGUUUGGGAAUGGCGAUGAACUUUAUUUCCAAGACAGCACACCACCUAAAGAGCAGGCAGAAGAGAUCUCCGACAUCCCAAGCAAAGAAGACCCACUCAUGCUCCGGAAGAGCAUGUCGAUGGAUGAUCUGAAAGGGAAGGCUGUCUUUUCCGAAAUAAGCAAUGAUACGAAUAUGGCGGCUCCAAAGAACCCGCCGUUGCAAACUUCGACAUCUCAAGGCGCCAUUGACAUAAAGGGUCUACCGCCGAAAAGUGACAUUGGCUCUAAGAGAGGGAAGGGUGAACUGGAGAGCAGGUCAAGCAGCGCGGUGAAGAAGAUGAUCAGUGCCUUCGAGAGCGGCUCUUCGCAGGCUCCGCCUUCAGUGCCAAGGAUCAAGUCGGAAGGGUCGUUGGAAGGGAUGCUAUCGGCUUCCACCAGUCCUCCAGACAAGUCAUCUGGCAAAGUGACCGUUACUUCUGGUGAUAUAGGUUCCGAGUCGCGGUUAGGAAGGCACAUCAUCAACAAGAAACCAAGCGCGUCUAGACAGGGGGAUUUGUUGAAUGCUCAGGAGAGCAGAAGACGGAGUUCCAGCAGGCGCGACAGAGCAGCCAAGACGAGCAGCAUUGGGGAGAGUGCAGACAAGCAAAAGCAUCAUCGUCGCGCCAUCGCUCCAAUGCAUCCGGGCGCGACAUCUAGCAUUGCCUGGACCGGCCACCCCCACAUCUGCAUCACCACCGCGAGCAGGCAGCUGAAAGACCUCGUCGGGCUUGAGCACCUGAAUUCGAUGAAGAAUGCACAGCAGAGCGCAAGGGAAGAAGACACUGAAGAAGGCAUGAGCAACGACGACGCGGUGGGCUCUAAGCGGCAGCGAUCUGACGGAUUCCCGGCUCUAAAUGGGUGGCUGAUCAACCAGGGGGUGCGCGGCGUGAUCGUCAUCAUAGCCUGCGGCGCGGUGUUCCUCAACAACAGGUGA